AGCAGCCUCUUUGCAACCAGCUGGUAAGCGUGGAGAAAACAUUUAGGUCAAGAGCUCCGGAGCUAGUUUUAUUUUUGGUGUUCAUCAUUCGUGGAUCAAUUCCUUCCCCCUCUCCCUGACAUUUGUAGGAAGGGAAGAGUCCAAAGCAAGGAUGUUCGGACAGCCUUUUAAGCACCCGGAGCUAGAAGCAAAGAGCUGCAGCCUCUAACCAUCACAGCACUCACCAGGGGAUUAAAAAAAAAAUGCUGAUAACGGUGCCAUCACCUUACGAGCCAGCAAUGCUCCGCCCACAGACACCACCCCCUGCCAUACUUCCAAAACCUGGGAAGGACAAUCUUAGGCUCCAGAGACUCUUAAAGAAAGUUGCAAAGCAAGCACCAUCAGCCACCCAGCAAGUCAAAUCGUUCCAGGCCAGCCUCUCCCCAGUGAGUGAGGCCAGCCCAGACCUAGAGCGCAGUGAGCGCGCGUCUCCGCUGAAGACCCCAGGAACAUUGCCGCAAAUCACUAUCCAACUCCCGCCCCGGUUCUGCAUCAGACCCGUCAUCCACCACGUCGCGUCGCCUUUCCCGAAGGCCAAGCCUUUCGCCUUCAAAGUAACUGAGCAAAGGAGGAUCUCGGAACACCUCAAGCUCACGGUCUCUCCAGCAGCAUCCCCAGUGCACAGGCAGGGCAUUCGGGAGUCCCAAUGGCAACCAAGAGGGACGACACCACCAGAGAGACACUCCCAGCUGCGCUCACCACAGCCACAUUGCGUUUUCGUUUUCCCUGACACUGCUGUUUCUGCCUCACCGGUCGUAGAAGCCCCAGUGGAAGUUACCCAGGUCACUGAAGUGCAAGCAUGUGUCCAUAGCGUACAGGCACCAAGAGCCAAGACCCCCUUAUCCGACCAAUCCUCUACAGCCCUCAGCAGUGAGGGCAGGCAGUCUUUGGCAGCCCAUACUGGCAAGCCCUCGGGGCAGGCAUCAGUUGCUCUCGGUGCGGACGAGGCUGGAGCUAGUAUUCCCAAUUCAAAAGCGCCAGUGCUACCUCCCCUGACAGCAGGGCUGCCCUACACAACACCCAGGCCUGCUACUCCCAGAGAGCCUGAUGGGGUUUCCCAGGUUACUGCUACACACACCAAUAUCCAUAGUGUAUGUGUACCCAGAGUGAAGACCCCACUAUCAGGCCAGGCCCCUACAGCCCUCAGCAACGAGGGCAGGAUGUCUUCAGCCACCCACCUUGAAGUAAGCUACUUGGAACGGCCUUUGGGGCAGACACCAGUCACUCACACUGCUAACCAGGCUGCCACAGCUACUCCCAAAUCAAAGGCCUCCAAGCUUCCCACCACAACAGCAGAGCUCUCCCACCCUUCAGGUCCUACACAGCCUGUUGGGGUUGCUGUUUCUAGUCCUCGGACACCAGAUCCCCAGUUCAGUAGCCCAGAAACCCCAGGAAAUGACACAGCAAGAUCCAGAACUGAGUGGAUUCCUGAACCACACAGCAAGAGUCUAAGGCCAUUGACUCCCCGUGCAGCUCAGAAGCAAGAGACCACUGUGCCCACUGACAAUACCAGGGCUUUCUCCACAGAAAGAAAGGAAGAAUCGGUCAUUCCACGACAGCUGACAGCCACCAUUCCCAGAGCCAGUCCCGUCCCCAAAGCUGAGCCUCCACCACCAUCUGUGGAGAAGGUCAGGCCUCUUAAAGCCACGCUCAGUGGAUGGUCUCGCCUCAAGAAGCACUUGAUAGUGGAACCUGAGGAGCCCCAAUUUCCAGAAACUGAACCAGCCAAGCCUGAACCCGAGGAAGCAGGAAAUAAAGUAGAAAGCUCUCAAGGCAAGGCCAGCCAAGACAGCAAACUGAUUAAAUCAAGGGCCAUCAAGAUGUGGGAUGCUGUCUUAUAUCAGAUGACAACUCUCAAGAAGAGAAGGCAGCAAGAAGAAAAAGGGAUAAGGAAAGAGGAGGGUAUCUCACGCUGGUACCGCCUGCCCCUUCUCCACAGGCCACGGUUUGAUGCCCGGAAACUGAAGGAGCUGGCGUCCAAACCAAUGAUGAAGAUUACCACCAUGUUAGAGUCGAGCCUGCUCCAGUGCAAGACAACUGAGGAUUCCAAGAAUUUUAACCGGACUGCACCGGGGUGGCUGCUGAAGUGACACCAGCUGGAUCCCACCUUAGCAACAAGCCCGUCGUGUGCUCUCUCAAGUCUUCUCCAGGGGGCUGCUCCAGUUGAGCUUUUAUAGCCAGGUUUUCUGGCAGUAAGGAGCUAGAUGUAAAAAAAUAUAAAGUCCUUCACAGCCAGCAACUUUACACUGAGGGCUUUAGGGGAUUAGCAUCACCACACACAUAGGAGAUGUAUCUGUGGGUACGCCUCUGUAGUGCAUGGACACUUCUCUAGAGCAGCUUGAGGCCCCAAGAAAAGCAGUUCUAUAUCCAUAUGUGGCUUCAUUUUAAAUAUUCCAAUUGGAGAUCAGGCCACAAAAGUCAAACCAAGGGACCCAGGAAAAGCAGUGAAGCAACCUGCAGAAAACCUUUACCAUAAAAACCAUGUCGUUUUUCCAUGCCCUAAAUCAAUGGUAUUUUAGAUUUCUUUAAGAAUCCCAACCAGUGCAAGCCCAGAAACAGGACAGGUUGAGGCAGUGCAAAUGGAGUCUACACUGCCACAUCUAAUAGUCAGCCUCCCGGUUUAUAGGAUUCAGUUUUUUAAGAUUGGACGAAGGGUUCUGUUUCUAAGUCAUGGAGUUCUUGGCUUCUUUGCUGGAAUCCUCAGCAGUAGCUGCAAUUUCUGGUCACCCAGAACUAGAUGGAGAUUUAUUCCCUUCACAUAGAACGUGGGUGACCAGUUUGUGGUGUGUUCCAUGGUGCUCCCAAACCACAAUUCACUCAGCCCAGAUAAUAGAAUUUUAUUGGGUUUAGGUUUUAUAAUCAAUUAAUUUGAUCCCACUAAUAGUAAAUGGAUGUUACAGGAGUUGGGGGGAGCGGGAAGAGAGAAGGCCCUUCUCUUUUGCAAUGAUCAGAGUUUCUCCUUUCUGAAAUGCUUUCAAGUGCAUUAAUUGGCCAGAGAUUUUUUCAGAACAAUUAGGGAUGGUUUGUUUCAGCUUUUAGGAUGCCUAGCUCAGAGUGAGCAAUCAACAACUUCUGCCAAAAUCAAGUCCCUUCAAGGGGUUUCAGAUUGUGUGUAGGCCAAUACAUCAGGUUAUUUUUUUAAAUAAGUGUGUGUCUACACACAUGCUACUU